UCGCUCUGCGCGUCGCCGUCGCGGAUUCUUUUCCCCAUUUUCGCCCAGGCAAGUGAGCGAGAGAGAGAGAGAGAGAGAGAGAGCGGAGGGGAGAUGCGGGAGGAGGUGAGGAGCUCGUCGGGAGCGGCGUUCGAGCCGCCGUUUGCCGUCGCCCGGUCGUCGUCGCCGCCGCCCACCCCGGUCGCCAGUUCUGCUGGUGCCUCAUCACCUGCUAUGCAAGUUAAUAUCACCAGCAUUGAUUGGUUGGGUAGUAAGCAAGUUUCCAGGGUUGAUUCCUCAUCACAUGUUGCACCACAUCUCAAUGGGCCUGCUCAUACUGUUGAUGCUGCCGGAACUGCUUUGGAUUCUGCACCAUCAUGUAGACCAUGGGAGCGUGGAGACUUACUUCGUCGACUGGCAACAUUUAAGCCUUCAACUUGGGAUUCUAAGCCGAAGGCUGCUAGUUCAUUGGCUUGUGCUCAAAGAGGCUGGGUGAAUGUUGACACGGACAAAAUUGAAUGUGAAUCAUGCAGUGCACAUCUUAUAUUCAGUGCACUGACAUCCUGGUCCCCAGCUGAAGUUGCAAAUGUUGGAGAAGCCUUUGCCGAGCAGCUUGAUGCAUCACACCAGAAUAGUUGUCCCUGGAGAGGCAAUUGCUGUGCUGAUAGCUUGAUGCAGCUCCACUUUACACAAUCAGCCCUUAUUGGAGGUUUUAAGGAUCGCUGUGAUGGACUUCUGCAGUUUCUCUCUCUUCCUGUGAUUGCUCCAUCUGCAAUUGAGAACAUGAGGCUGACCAGAGCCGCUCAGAUUAACUGCCUACUAUCCCAAUCGAAUACCUUUUUACCUGGGGAGCUGGGUCACAAAGCUGAGAGUACACUAGGAGUUGACAUACAUCAAGAUUCCUCUUGUGGCUAUUCACAAGCACAGAAGCUUAUCAGCCUUUGUGGGUGGGAGCCUAGGUGGCUUCCAAAUGUUCAGGACUGUGAAGAAAAUUCAACCCAUUCAGCUAAAAAUGCAGUCUCAAAUGAACCAGAUGAAACAUUCUAUCCCCGCCAUGCUGAACAUCAGAAAAGUUCAUUCUCUGCAUCAGCCAAGAAAGAUAAGGGAAAGGGCAAAAGGCCCCUCAGAGAUUCUGGAUGCAGCAUGAGAUCACCUUUAUUGGAUUGUAACCUGUGUGGAUCUACAGUCAGGAUCUGGGACUUCAGAUCCGUGUCACGUCCUACUCGUUUUAGUCCAAAUGACAUUGUUGCACCAGAAACAGGCAAAGGAUUAGCACUGACACGUGGAAUUAGUGCAGCCAGUGGAAUCAAUGAAUGGGUUAAUGAUGGGAUGGAAAGAGAUCAAGCGGUAGGGCGUGAUGAAGCAGCAACUUCUGAGGGGAAAUCGUUAUUAAAUGCUGGCUUAGACCUUGACUUAACGAUGGCUGGAGGACGACCACCAAUUCAAUCUGCAAUGCCUGUUGCAUCUGAGUGUUUUAAUGGUGGAAUGGGAAGAGAUCUGAUGAUUGCACAGCCUGCUGGAAGUGAAGUUGGUGAUCGUGCAACAUCAUAUGAGUCUCGGGGUCCAAGCUCACGGAAGCGUAACCUUGAGGAAGGUGGGAGCACUGCUGACAAGCCACAUGAUGGGCUUCAACAUGCUGACAGCAUAGAAGGAACUGUGGUCGAUCGUGAUGGUGAAGAAGUUGAUGAUGAAGUGCAAGAUUCAAAUGCCCAGAAGAAAAAGUCCCGUGGGUUCAACUUUUUUGAUGUCAAUCUUCCAUCUUCUUCUGGAGCUGGCCCUAGUAGAAACUUCUGCUUUGACCCUGAUGUAGAUGCUGGUAGACACGGUUGCUCUAGAGCUCUUGGUAUAGCCCCCGCUGAACAUCCAUCUGCUAGAGAUUCUAUGAGAGCGUCUUCUGUUAUCGCCAUGGAUGUUCGCAGUGCUGAUGAAGAUUCUAUGGACAGUGUUGAGUACCAUCCUGAUGCUGGUAAUGAUGUUAAUAUGCCUUCAUCUAGUGCACACAGGAAUAUUGACAUGAAUGAUGCCUUAGAUCUCAACUAUAGCAACCAAGCACAGCAAAGUGCUUGUGCACAACCUACUGCUGGUAGUGAUGGGAGGGAGAUAGGAGGAAGCAGUACAAAUGAAGGGGAGGAGGUCUUUAAUGUAGACACAGCUCCUACCUUUGCAAGGGAUCAACUUAGCUUAGGAAUAAGUGGUGGGAGUGUUGGCAUGGGUGCUAGUCAUGAGGCUGAAAUUCAUGGAAUUGAUGCUUCUGUUCAAAGAACUGAGAGUGGUGUAGGCGAUGCAGAACCUAUUACUGACCUUACUGAGACUAUGGGUCAUACUGGUGAAUCAGUUCCAGGACCUGGAUCGAUGGAUGAGUUUGUACCCGAAGAAGUUGAUCGGGAAGAACCUCAUGGUGACAGCCAAGAUAUAGUGUUCCUUUCAGUAGGCCGUGCUGACAGUGGAUCGAAAAUUUAUGGUUCUAACAAAGCUGAUUCUGGUGAGAGUGGAAAAAGGAUAGGUCAUGUCCUUGGCCAUGAAAGUAGCAUGCAUCCUUCUCUUUCUUGCAAUGCUGGGAUGCAUACCGGUUUUGAUGCAUCUAAAGAGGAAGUGACACAGGCCGGCAAAGUACUGAGUACCGAAGAUGUGUUAAUGGGGUCAGGUUAUGAUCAGAAUGGAUUAGGAGCAACGAAUGGAGAAAAUGACUAUGAGCCAGGUCUUCCAGAUUUUGAUCCUGUUAAGCAUCACAACAGUCACUGUCCAUGGGUAAAUGGAAUUGUUGCAGCAGCUCGCUGUUACGCUGCUGGUUCCAGCUCAAGUAGUUCAGCGCUUUCUGGUUGGCAGCUAACAGUAGAUGCCCUUGAUACGGUCCAAUCUCUUGGACAUUCUCAAACUCAAUUAAUGCAGUCUGAUUCUGCGGCCUCCCUAUACAUGGAUGAUCAGGUAGCUUCUAACCGGAAGCUGGUGAGAAAGACUUCAGCGAGCAGAAGCCAUGGGAAAUGUUGAGUGAUCUCCUUCUUACCCAGCUGGCUAAUUUCACCUGCUUCUCCAGCAACACAUGAAUGGCAUUUAGGCCAAGUUCCAGACUGGUGCAUUAUUAUUUACAUGCAGUGCUUGCUUUAUCCUUCAUAAAUUAGUUUCGACAUCGGACAUCAUCAUCCCGGAAGACGGAAGAAAACCAAGUAAUAAUCCAUUUUAGUUAGACUGUAGAUUGUCGUCCCCAUGUGACUUGUGUUGUUCCAGUUAUUAUUGUAUGUAUCCCGGAAGAGUCGAUUCAACUCGUCAUUAGCCUGAGUCCAAAGUCCAAAAGGAACAUUUGCAGCAUUGUGCAAGUGAAUUAUAUAUAACUUUACUCCAGGUUAAACUUAUAACCAGUAUUUACAAUUUUCGUGAAAGGCCUGGUACAGAAGUGAAAUAUAAAAAAACUUAGUGACCUGAGGAUAAGAAUUCUGUACUACAUGGCUUUGUUGGAUAUCAAUAUUCUUACUAGCUAGAAUUUGGUCAAA